AUGUCUCUGAAAUCUAUUAAAUGUAGAUAUCAAUAUCAUAAUUAUUUCAACAGCAUGAACAACAAUCGAUUUAAUAGCUGUGAGCAAUGGAAAUCAAAAGGCAGAAGGCUUUACAAGCAAAAUAAUCUUAAAGAAGCCUUAAAAUGUUAUAGCGAAGCAAUCAAACUCAAGCCUAAGGACGUUGUCUCGUAUAUUAAAAAAGGCAAUAUUCUUAGAAAAUUGGACAGAGAUCUUGAAGCAAUAGUUUGCUAUCACGAAGCUAUUGAACUCAAGCCUGAUGAAUUUAAAGCUCACUAUAAAAUGGGCAUUACUCUUGAAGAUUUAGACUUGACAGAGGAAGCAAUUGCAUGUUAUGACGAAGCAAUAAAAGUCAACCCUACCCAUUUUGAAGUUUACCUUAAAAAAGGCUCAGCUCAUGAUGAUAUAGGAAAAUAUAACGAAGCUAUAGAAUGCUAUGAUGAAGCUAUAAAAAUUACCCCAAUUGGCCUGGAGUUUACAAUAUGAAAGGGAUGCUUUUGGGAAAAAUAG